AUGACAGAUAUCAAACCAUUUCGUAUUGCUAUCCCCGAUACUGAGCUUUCGGAUUUGACGAGCCGCCUCUCGCGGUCAAGGUUUCCAGAUGAACUGGAAGAAGCUGCCUGGGAUCUCGGCAUCCCCCUCGAGGAAGUCAAACGGUUGGUAUCAUAUUGGGCCAGGUCAUUUGACUGGCGUCUUGCAGAGGCAAAGCUCAAUGAGUUCCCACAAUACACGACUCCCAUUGCCGUCGACGGCUUCGGGACUCUGAAUGUGCACUUUAUCCACCAGCGCAGCUCAAGGCCUGACGCGAUCCCGCUCAUUUUCGUGCACGGCUGGCCGGGCAGCUUCUACGAAGGGACCAAGAUCGUGAGACCCCUAAGCGAGGGCGACGGCAGCCGCAACGGCCCGGCCUUUCACGUCGUGGUGCCGUCGCUGCUCAACUUUGGCUUCUCGGACGGCGUCGCCAAGCGCGGCUUCUCCAUUGCGCAGCAGGCGGAGGCCAUGCACAAGCUCAUGCUCAAGCUCGGCUAUGAUGAUGGCUACGCCACGCAGGGCGGCGACUGGGGCUUUGCCAUUACGCGGGCCAUGGGCCAUUUGUACCCUUCGCACGCCCGUGCCCAGCAUAUCAACUUGCUCCCGGCCCGGCCGCCGUCGUUUUUCCGCCAUCCGAUCUUGGCUGCCGAGAGCGCACUCCGGCCUUGGUCCGAUGCUGAUCGUGCCGGGCUUGCUCGGUCGCAAUGGUUCCAGAAGGAAGGAUCUGGUUAUAACCAGAUUCAGGCUACUAAACCCCAGACCGUUGGGUACGCGCUGGCUGAUAGUCCAGCUGCGCUGCUGAGUUGGAUUUACGAAAAGCUACACGACUGGUCCGACGAAUACCCCUGGACCGAGGACGAGAUCUGCACCUGGCUCAGCAUCUACUGGUUCAGCACGGCCGGGCCAGCAGCGAGCGUGCGCCUCUACUACGAGAACACGCACGAGCCGGGGGCCGACGGCCACCGCGGCAACCUCUGGGACAAGAUGAUGAGCUACCAGCCGCACGUCAAGGUCGGCCUGGCCCGCUUCCCGCGCGAGCUCCUCGUAGUACCCGCCGUCUGGUCCCGGCAGCUGGGCCAUGUCGUCUAUGAAAAGACGCACGAGCGUGGUGGCCAUUUUGCGGCGUGGGAGGCGCCCCAGGCGAUUAUUGGGGACCUGCGGGCCAUGUUUGGGAAGAAGGGGGCCGCGGCUGGUGUUUUCAAGACGAGCAAGCUGUAG